AUGAAGUUACCAAUCAUAGUAUCACUGUUGUUAGCAGUAACUUAUGCAACUCAAUUACCAUUUGAAUUACCAAACCUUGAUGAUGAGUUCAAAGCAAUGGUCGCUGAAGAUGAUGUCUAUAGAGGCUUAUCAGUUCAAGACUCAAUUAAUUUAAAUAAGGAGUGGAUUAAAAAUGAAAUCAAGUAUGGUAAAUCAAGAUUAUUAAAAUACUAUUUAAAUUUUAAACGAACAUUUUCUAAACCUAAAACCAAUUUAAAUUAUAAAUUAAAACAAUUAGAUUCAUCACCAGAAUUAUUAGGAUUUGAUUCAGUAAAACAAAUCUCAGGUUAUUUUUCAAUAGAAGAAACAGAAAAAGAAUUUUUUUAUUGGUUUUUCGAAAGUAGAAAUGACCCUAAAACUGAUCCUUUAAUUUUAUGGUUAUCAGGAGGACCAGGAUGUUCUUCAAAUAUUGGAUUAGCUAUGGAAUUAGGUCCAUCAAUGAUUAAUGCAACUAUUCAACCUGAUUUUAAUCCAUAUUCCUGGAACUCAAAUGCGUCUCUUUUGUUUUUGGAUCAACCUGCAAGUGUUGGUUAUUCAACUGUUGGUGAUCCAUCUGAAAUUCCAUUUACUACUGAACAAGCAUCUAUUGAUUUUGUUAAUUUUGUUAAAUUAUUUAGAGAAAAAUAUCCUCAAUAUGCUAGUUUAGAUUUCCAUAUUGCUGGAGAAUCAUAUGCUGGUCAUUAUAUUCCAAAAUAUGCAUCAAGUGUAGUAGAAGCAGAAAUACCAUUAAAAUCAAUUUUAAUAGGUAAUGGAAUAACAGAUGCUUUAGUUCAAAGUAGUGAAACAGCAAAUAUGGGUUGUGGUAAAGGUGGUAUUGGUAAAAUAUAUACUGAUGAAGAGUGUGCAAAUUAUGAUGCAAAUUAUAAAAAUUUUGUCCCAUUUGGUGAAUUAUGUUAUGCACAUCCAAAUCCACUAACUUGUUUCGUAGCAGCAUUAGCCGUACCUAAUAGUCCAGAUAUUGGAGAUUUAAAUCCUUAUGAUUCAAGAAUAAAAUGUGGUGAUACUCCAUUAUGUUAUAAACAAAUUGGAUAUAUUGAAGAAUAUUUUAAUUUAGAUUUAGUACAAAAAUCAUUAGGAGUUGAUAAAAAUUUCACAGCUUGUAAUCAAGAAGUUGGAUUACAUUUUCUUGUUGCUUUUGAUGGAAUGAGACCGUAUCAACAAUACGUGGCCGAAUUAUUAAACAAGGAAAUUCCAGUAUUAAUUUAUGCUGGUGAUAAAGAUUUAAUGUGUGAUUGGUUAGGUAAUUUAGCAUGGGUUAAUAAAUUAGAAUAUAAUGAUCAUGAACAUUUUAAUAGUACGGAGUUUGAACCAUGGAUUACUUUAGGUGGUAAAGAAGCUGGUGAAGUUAAAAACUAUAAACAUUUUACUUAUUUAAGAGUUCAUGAAUCGGGUCAUAUGGUUCCUUUAGAUCAACCUGAAAAUGCUUUGGAUAUGGUAAAUAGAUGGAUAAGUGGUGAUUUGUCAUUUAAAGAAUAA